UACCAAAGUUUGGAGGUAUUCAUCAGUGGUUUCGUUGUCACAAGUUUACAUAUGAUGAGUCAUGGAACCUCCCCCAAAAAGCUAAAACAAUGUACACUUGAUGAUCUAUUCAAUAAAGGAUCAACACCUGGACACAAAGGUUCACCAUAUUCACCUCUGUGAAAGCACCCCCAAGUUGCUUCAAACCAACAAGCUACAAUGCAAGAUUCCUUCAAACGUGAUGAUAAAGAUAUAAAAGUUACUGAUUCUCAACCAAUUCUGGAUAAUAAAUUAUCAGAAAGUGAUGACUUGGAAGAAAAGAGAAUUCAAAUGGAUGAAGAUUUGACUGACAGUCAGUCUUCCUUGAAAACUCUGCAUGACACAGCAUUUUGUAUAGAUAAUACUAAUGAAAUUGAAGACAUCCUCGAGGAGCAACAAAUGAGAGAACAUCCUUCUACGUCCAGCCCUCAACCAAGCUCCAGUGAUUCAAAAUUAAUCAAUGCAGUCCAAAGUUAUUUUGAUGUGCAGGAAGAGAAUGAUGAUGAAUCUCAGCAUAGUAAUUCCUAUCCAAUUGAGAAAAUGCAUCGUGCUCCAACCCCUUGGUCAGAAGAAAAACUUUUUCCCAAUACAAAUAAGGAGCAUUAUAUUAUGUUUACAUUACCUGAUGGCUAUGACCCUGGAAAAGAUGAUAUGCUUCCUAAACCUAGCUCAGGAAACUUCAUAGACUGCUGGGAUGAGAACCAUGUUAAGAUGCCGUGUUCCAUACAAAGUGAAUGUGUUGUUGAAAAACAACUAAAGGAACGCUGGGAAGUUAUCCAGAAUGCAUUAAUAUCAAAUAUCAAAUCACCCCAGGAACUUGAGGUAGCAAUUCUUAGGUACAAUUAUCGCUACAGAAAUGUGUGGCGCUUUGAUGGUUUGCGAAAAUUUUUUGAUAAUAUGAUGGAAGUUGAAUACCAAAGUUUCUUUACAAGUCUCCUUCCAAAAAUAGCAUUGCUAGCACUUCGACUCCCUUAUUUAUGUAACCAGCCAAUUCCAUUGUUGAAGAAAGGUAAAAAUAGGAGUAUCAGCUUCAGUCAAGAACAAAUUGCUUGUUUGUUGGCCAAUGCAUUUUUCUGUACAUUCCCAAGACGUAACACAAUGAAACAGAACAUGGAAUACUCAAACUACCCUAGCAUUAAUUUCACUAGUUUAUAUCAAAAUGUUAAUCAUUGUUCCCAAGAAAAACUAAAGUGUUUAAUACAUUAUUUUAAGCGUGUGACAACUAAAAUGCCAAAUGGAACCAUAACUUUCCAGAGGCAAUGUCUUGAUAAGUUCCCUGUGUGGCAAACAUCCAUGAAAACAUUGUCUAAUUUUUAUUGUUCAUCUGCUGGAACCAUUGAAGACAAUGGAGCUGGUUUUCUUGAAGUUGAUUUUGCUAACAAGAAAAUUGGUGGAGGUGUAUUGACACGAGGCUGUGUCCAGGAGGAGAUUAGAUUUGUUAUUUGUCCAGAAUUGUUAAUAUCACGGCUAUUCACUGAGUGCCUGGAAAAAGAGGAAUGUCUGAUUGUCAAAGGUUUUGAAAGAUUCAGUGCCUAUUCUGGUUAUGCAAGUACUUUCCUGUGGAAAGGAGAUUUUCAAGAUAAGACUGUGAGAAAUUCUUGGGGACGCCAUGUAUCCCAGUUAUCUUGUAUUGAUGCUAUGGUGGUGUCAAAUUACAAAAAUCAGUUCCAGCAACAAAACAUUAUCCGGGAAUUAAAUAAAGCCUACUGUGGAUUUCAUGACCACUUACAGCAAGAUGCUGGUUAUCUUCCAGCAGUAUGCUCUGGGAAUUGGGGCUGUGGUGCAUUCGGAGGAGAUCAUCAACUAAAAGCAUUAAUACAAAUGAUGGCAUGUGCUGAAGCAAACCGGGACCUAUGCUAUUUUACAUUUAAAGACAAGCGUUUGGCAAAAGAAUUGUGUGAGAUGCAUAAGUUUUUAACUUCUCAUUUCAUCAUUAUUUGUCAAUUAAUGAACUUGUUAGAACAGUUCUAUGAGGAUGGACUUGCACAGUGCAAAGCAGAACACUGCAAGCAGAACAAGGCAAAACAAUGCAGAGCACAUCAAAUGACUUUAUUCGAUUACAUCUACCAGCAUUGUACCAAGGAAUAAAUUCUGUCAGUUCCAUACCAGCAAAUAUUUAACUAAUACUGGUAACUUUGUUAUUGCAACAAAGAUUCCCACAUCUUUGGUAUUUGAAAUCUACUGUCUAUGGCUAAUUAAGUUUCUUUCAAUGUCUUAUAAACAGCUUUGGGCUUUCCCUUAUUAGGGAGUUUGAAAAGAUGUAUAUCCUGUUUUUUUUAGACCUUACAUAAAGUUAUCUAUUUUGGACUUGAUAUAUUUUGGAGCUGAUGUAUGUUAUUGAAGGUAUAAACUGUGGUAUAUAUAUAUAUAUAUA